CGAUAUUUGUAACCGACACACCUUAUUAUAACAAAACUUUUGUUGUCAUAAUGUUAUUAAAAUAUGUAAGUAUAUAUAGGAGUUAUCGGACUUUAGACUAGGUACUGAACUAGUUGGUUGUACAGUCGUCAAUUAAUUGGUUACUCUUGUACAACCAACUAGUCUAAAGUCUACGUAGUGAGUAUUCAGAGAAAUAGCUAUCACCUUAUAGAUAACCUUGGUAAUUUGAAUGAGAAUUAAAUUGAUUAACAAGUUGGUUGAGUCAAGUAAUUAGAUAGUGAAUUUCAUGUCGUCUUUCUCCAUCCUUGUUCCAUAGAUGUAAUUAAGAAAUCUUUCUGAAUAUGAAAAUUCAUCGUUGUUCACUAUGAAAAACGACGAAUUUAGUGUUCUUUAUGAAUAAAAUUUUAUAUUAAUAUUUAUUUUUUUAUUUUAACAUAUUUUUAUGGGCCGACACACCUAUCUCAAAAUCCUGGGUUCGCCACUGCAUAUCGAAAUACUAAGAGUUAGCCAAAUCUUCACUUUCAGUUAUCAAUUUUGCUAGUAAUAUUAACUUGGCAAUAAGAUACUGACUAAGAAGAGACACAUGAAGGUCAACAUUCCAAAAUUUUAGUAUUUUAAUUAAGAAAAGAGUCACAAAAUCAUUAACGAUAAAGUAAAAUGGCUAAUAUUUUGAUGCAUUACUAAAGAUUUGGCUAAUUAAUAGCAUUUUAAUAGAUCUGGAUAAUAUAAAAAAAUCUGAAAAAAAGAUUUGGAUAAAAAAUAGAUAUAACGCUUUUACUUUUACGGUUUUACCUGAUUUGUUUGUAAGGAAGAAAGGAAGAGACGAUUACACAAUCGGAGAUGAUUGGGUCAGAUCACGUCCUUAAGGCUUAAUCUUUAAGGAAGAUCUUAAACCAUCUCCAACCAAUAGGAGAAGGGGAGAGAAAAACAUUAGUAAUAAUUAGUUAACUACCUAAAAGGGUAAGACUGAAAAUAUAAUAAAAAUUUAAUGUGAUUAAUAAUUAAAAAGGAAAACGACAGAAACCACGUCUGCGAUGCCUCACUAUUGAACAUUUAUAUCGGGAAAAUCGGCCUCUUCCGAACCCUAAAAUCGUUUCCCAUGAAGCCAUGGCUUCAAACUCGUCGCCAGCUAGCCGUCGCGCUCUGGGUGCAAUCCCGGCAUCGGAGCCACUGCAUCACGGCUGCGUCAUGUCGUCGCCAAGUCACGGCUGCAUAAGUUUUGUUUCCUCAUCUGCAACCUCGUCGUCGUCAAGUCGCGAUCACGUCGUCGUUCCGUCUGCAAACCCGCCGGCACAGCUGCCUGGUUGCUGUUGUUUCCCCCGUCGCGACCAUCUUCUCGUCAGAUUCUUGUCUACGUUGCCACCGGCUUCCCGUCUGCGUGAUGGGUAGUGAUGACAAUAACGUUGCUUAUAAUGUUAAUAACGUAAGGCUAAAGAUAGAUAACCAAUGUUAAUAAUGUAAGUUAGAAUGACAACAAAAUGUUGAUACCUUUGGUUAAAAUGAUAAUAAUGUAUCUUGAAAUGUUAAUAACGUAGAAUAAAAUGGAAAGAAUUUGUAACGUUAAUAAUGUAGUUUAAUACAUGUUGAAAGUGUUACAAUAAUUUGUUAAAGUGUUAAUAACGUGGGUUAAUAUGAUAAUAACAUAGGUUAAAAUGUUAAUAACGUAAGGAAAAAGAUUGGUAACGAAUGUUAACAUGUUAGUAAUGUGAGUUAGCGUGAGAACCAAAUGUUAAUAAUGUUGGCUAAAAUGAUAAUAACGUAGCUUAAAAUAUUAAUAACAUAGGUUAAACUGAAAAAGCUCUUUUUUAAUUACGUGGGUUAAAAUGUUAAUAACAUGGGUCAGAAUGAUAAUAACGUAGUUUAAAUUGUUAAUAAAUAAUAACGUAAGUU